AUGCCGACACCGAAAAGGCCCAGCUGGAUUGGCAGUGGCGCGAAAGUUCCAAUUCAAGCGGCCAAUCCUAGAAGCCAGGCUGUGGAGAUGCCUGCGUGGCAGAGGAUGUCAAUAGCCUCCGCCAAGUCGAUGCAGCAGCUGUUGGCCACUGAGACCACUCUAUGCGAGCUGGAGCAGAAGGUCGCAUCAGUGCAGCUGGCCCUGCGUGCCGUUCAAGUGCCAAGGAGCUCAGCCAAGUCACAGCUGGCGCAAAUAGAGGCCCAGGCAAAACAACUUGAGGCUGCUGGCGUGGAUGCUGUGAUCACGACCGAUUUGCAAUCUGGGCGUCAGGCAGCCAAGGACGUGAAGAAGGAACUGCUCCAAAGACUUGAGCUCCUCUUCACAAGAUUGGAUGGCCUGUUCCAACAGCUUGGUUGA